UUUUAGAGGUUUCCUCUUCCCCUUCAACUUUAGCUUUUAAUAAAUAAGGAAACUAGAACCAGGAGAUGAGUCGCAGCACUAGAACGCAAGCCUCAGCUUCCAGCAUCAAUGCUCUUUUCUGAGCCCGUUUGCUCAUAUAAGUCGGGAGAAGAACGGAGAAGAGGCGCGUUCUAACCUGCGCAGCGAGCGCGCACAGGGUCUGAGCCCGGUAGGAUCCUCCCAGGUCGCUUUCAGAGUCCGGCUCCUCCCACUUAGCCCAGCCUCCUUCUCCGUCCCACCCAGCUGCGCGCGCCGUCCCCCGCGGGAUGGGAGGGGGAGGGAGCGAGGAGGGGCGGCGCGCUCCCGAUUGGGGGCGUGGCUUCUGCUUUCCCUCCUCCUUCCUCCCAGCCGGCGGCCUUAAAUGGAGAGCCUUUGGAGGCUUGGCAGACGACCGCCGAGCAGUCGAUUGCUCUCGCUCUCUCUGCCUCCCCUGGCGGGCGGCUUGCUCCUGGCGCAGCUGUGCGGAAGUCACUGUCUGAGAUGGAGCGUACCCACACCCCGCUGGAGUGCCUGCUUCCCACUGGGAAUUUGAAGUAUUGCUUAUUGAUCCUUAACCAACCCUUGGACAGAAGUCAUUUUCAUCAUCUGUGGAGCAAAGCUCUUUUGAAAGCCUGUGCUGAUGGAGGUGCUAACCACUUGUAUGAUGUCACUGAAGGAGAGCAGGAGAGCUUCUUACCAGAGUACAUCAGUGGAGAUUUUGAUUCUAUUAGGCCUGAAGUCAAAGAAUACUACAAAGUCAAGGGAUGUGAGCUUAUUUCAACUCCUGAUCAAGAUUAUACUGAUUUUACUAAAUGUCUUCAAGUGCUUCAGAAGAAGAUAGUGGAAAAGGACCUACAGGUUGACAUGAUUGUGACUUUGGGUGGACUCGCAGGGCGAUUUGACCAGAUCAUGGCUUCUGUGGAGACCCUUUUUCAUGCAACUACCAUUACUCCAGUGCCUAUUAUCAUAAUACAAGCAGAUUCCUUCAUUUGCCUGCUUCAGCCUGGAAAGCACAAACUGCAUGUAGACACAGGAUUUGAAGAUGAUUGGUGUGGACUUAUUCCUAUUGGACACCCUUGUAAGAAAGUCACCACAACAGGUCUAAAAUGGAACCUCACCAAUGAUGUGCUCAUGUUUGGAACCCUAGUCAGCACUUCAAAUACCUAUGAUGGGUCUGGAAUUGUGACUGUGGAAACAGACCAUCCACUCAUCUGGACCAUGGGCAUCAAAAAUGAAUACAGAAAAUGACAUUUCAAAUUCCAUCCCUGCCUUACCUAAUCUGCUCAUGACUGAAAAACAGAAAGCCCACAUCUGGAUUAGAGAACAGUAAUAUAAACCAUGAAGGGGAAUGAGGGCUAGGGUUUUGUUUUUUGUUUUUUUCUUUUUGGUUAUUUUUGUUUUUUUAAUCAUUGUUUUCAUGUAAUGUGGGAUAUAACAUUUUAAAGGAGAGAGUCUAAUUUUUUUGAACAGAAGGAAAAAUUAAUAGCUAGUUAUGUUAUCAAAGCCAAUUAAUUUGUUUAGAAAAAUAAUUUGAAUCAGUCAUUUCUAAAAUUCACCAAGCCCUUCUGCUUAUUUUCCCAACAACAGUCUUAUUUUGAAGCUCCCAAAAAAUUCCUCAGGAAACUUUCAGGUCCUACCCCUGAGCCUCCAACAAAGGCUCUAUUACUAUUGUCUGCUUCCCACUUAACACACUGGACUAAGUUGCAAAGUCUUAAAAAGCAGAACUUUGCGUUUUAUGCUUCUUGCAAAAACCUAUUAUUUCAUUUUUCUCAAAUCAUUUAUAAGUGCUCAUUACUAUCAUUAUUAUCCUCAUUACUAUCCAUAAAAAUGGAACAAAAUUCAGUGAUCUAAAGUACUAAAUCAUAACUGCCAACUAGAUGCACACAAAGUCAGUAAGACUCAUCUUCCUGAGAUGAUAUUUGAUCUCAAACACUUUACCAGCUGUGGGACCCUGGACAAAUCACUUAUUCCCCCCACUUCAGUUUCUUCAUCUGUAUAAUGAGAUAGUUUAGGAAAUAGCAAACCACUCCAGUAUCUUUGCCAAGAACACUCCAAAUGAGAUCAUAGUCGGUUACAACUGACAAACAACUAAAAAUUAAAUCAGAAUUCUCCAAGUCAUUGGCAAGAAGACGGAGAACUGGGAAAUGUUACCAUAGAAAAUAUUGUCUUUCAUGGGAGACUAUCUUACUAACUUUAAUCAUUCCUUGCUGACAUCCAGCUUUUUAAUCUAUGAAAAUCCAUUAUCCUAUUAGGAUUUCUAUUCAAAAUAUUCAAAUUGCAGUUAGUAAUAUGAUUUUUGACAGACUUUUAAUAGGAAAGAUGAAUAGGAACAAAAAAGGUGGGGGGAGAGGACUUCUCACCCUCCUAGGGAACAAUUUUGGUCUUUAAAUGAAAGUUAUGUCCAAGUUCCAAGAAGCUUAAGUUCAGCAGUCUCUUAAAAAUAUGUGAGCAAAUCUAAACUAUGAUUACCUCAUCUCAGAUCACAAGCCUGAUGUACUGAAAAGUUGUUAAAGUUUCUUCUAUAGGGAGAUAAUACUUCUUAUUUCCUCAUCAUCCACAGAUAUCACUAUAGUAUUUAACUGAGCAUUAAUAUACAAACAUCUAAGAGCAGCUGCUUAGCUCAUUUUGUGGUAGGAAUUUAAUUUUUCUAAGAAAAAGAAUCAUAGCUUUCUGCUGUGGGUGCUAGUACUUGCCCUCUUUUCAGUUCAGAAGGGGCAGUGGGAAGAGCAGCAGGCCUGCCCAGUGAAGAUUCUGAAAGAGUGAACUGGCUCACAAUUCAGCCCUCAAAAUCAAUAAGAAUGAUCUUCAAUGAAAGUUUUUACACAGUAGCAUUUACUGCUGAAAAGCAAUUGUCAAAUGUCACUGUCAAAUAAAAAUAUUUAUUCACAAA